CAAGAUGCCAGCUGGGAGGAGCUGAGAGAAAGUAAAGUAUUUAUUUCAGUCCACUUCUGACAGACCUUGCCACUGUGCCUGCAGCCUGGUCAGAGCAGAACCCUUCUCCAAGGAUGGACCCUUCUCACGCUAUAAAAUCCUGUGUGCUGAUCCUUCUUGUGACCCUACUGUGUGCAGAAAGAGCUCAGGGACUGGAGUGUUACCAGUGCUAUGGAGUCCCAAUUGAGACUUCUUGCCCUUCAUUUACCUGCCCCUACCCUGAUGGAUUCUGCGUUGCAAAGGAGGAAGAAUUUAUUGAGAACUCUCACAGAAAGAAAGUAAAGAUCCGUUCUUGCCAUGCUUUCUGCCCUGAUGAAAUUGAAAAGAAGUUCAUCCUGUAUCCUAACACCAAAAUGAAUAUUUCCUGUUGCAAGGAAGACCUCUGCAAUGAAGCAGUUCCCACUGGAGGCAGCUCCUGGACCAUGGCAGGGGUGCUUCUGUUCAGCCUGGGCUCAGUCCUCCUGCAGACCCUGAUGUGAUGGUCACCACAAUUUUCCUUUUAUCCUCAUGUGCAACCACUCUUUCCUGGAGUCCUCUAGUGAUGAAUUAUGUCUUAUAGAAGGUCCAAGGUGGGGGUAGUGUGUGGAACACCCUGUUUUACCUUUGUAGCCCCUGGUGGGUAGGUAGGUGCCCUAUUCCUCUCUAGUGUUUUCAGAUCUGUACUUCCUGGAAUGCCAUUUUGUUGUGGCUUGCUAUUCUUGGUCCUGGAGGCAUGUGGCCAGCACAGGGAAGAGGCAGAAUUCCAAGGUAUUAUGCCAUCACCAUCCACACAUAAGUAUCUGGGGUCCUGCAGGGUUCCCAUGUGUUCCUCUCAAUGUCCCUCUGCUGAGUCCAAUAAACCCUUUGUUCUCCCAGCCAA